UACCACGCGCUCCGAAGUUUGUUAUCGCAAGAAAUUCAGAAAUGUCGAACGAUUUACUAGGGAAAAUUGCCGAGAUUGAUAAAGACGUCGCAGAUAAUUUGAAGGAGGGUGGCCUCACAAAUGAAGAUGUCAAGGAACUGUGUUAUGAUGCAUUAAAGGAAAUUAUUCCUGGCGAUGGUAUGAAAUUGAUUUUACUGCGGUCACGCAUCUGGAAAGUAAUAUCUCAGGAAACUGAGAAAGCACCAACUGAUAAAUCUCAUCCAACAACAAAGGCUUUGGUCGAAAAGCGAAAAAUUGAUAUGGCAGUCUGUGUGGAUAAUCAUAUUGACUUGUCAGAAGAUGAUACUUUCUCAUCAUCAUCAACAGAUGAUAAGGGCCUUACAAAAGCCGGGCCUUCAACAAAAAGAGCAAAGCCUACUCCAGCAACCCCACCAGCAACAUUUCAAGUGAAAUCCCCAGUCUUCACUAUAUACCGUGACAGACGGGUUGACUUGGCUGUGGAAAGUGGUAGUAUACCAGAACAUUUGGUCCAUGACAUUGUGCGGGGAACAGUCAGCAACAUGAUAUCCAUGACCUUGUGUGACCCAUGGAAUCGAUUGCCCACUACAAUGGAGCUGAAGGAAAUGGCAAAAAGUCUUGUUGUGACGUAUCCAUUGCUAUCUGAUCCAGUGAAUGGCCAUGAACGUUUAUUUAACCGCCUGAAGAAGAGAAUGUAUAACAAGAAGACAGUUGAGAACAAGCGGGGUCCCAAUAAGAAAAAAGCCAGCAACAAGAUAACCAGUUAUAUUAAAACCACUGAAUGUCCAGAAGACCAGCAAUCCAACGAUGUAGAUCCAAUCAUGACUGAUAUUAGCACUGGUGAACAGCAGAGCAAUGCUGAAGCUGGAAGUAGCAACAGUAAGUAG